AUGGCAUAUUCGGCAUCUGGGUUUGGGACAACAUCGCUCAGUUGUCAAGGUUGGCAAAGACCCAACCACCUAGGUUUCGUAAAUCGAAGGUUUGUGACAAUGCCUGAUGACGUUGUGGGGGUUGGGUUUGCAACGACGUCAAAGGGUGACACCAGUUUUUUCGUGAAGGUUGAUGGGAUGAUGAUAGUUCUAUAG